UAUCGAUAGUAUGAUCGAUAGUACUUGGUCCUUGCCCCGUCUGAUAGAGGCGAAGGCGUAGUACUUCGAAUUCGGUCAUUUUGCCUUGCGGCUUCUCCGAGGUGGUGUAUGGUUCGACGCGCUCUCUACGUUACACGUGCGCACGUGUUCUCGCCAGGUAGCAAGAGUCGUUUCCUCGAGAUUAAGAGUGGAGUCACAACGAUAGCUGUUGCAAGCACGGACAAGAGUUGGGAGUUUCGGAAACGUGUGACGAGAGAAAAUCAUGGCAGAUUACGUAUUAGGCAAUGUAAAGGCUUCGGACGUACCACUGCCGGACGAUGGGACGUCGGCCGAGCGUUUGUUCGCCUCCGGCGAUGGCCUCACUUAUAACGAUUUCAUCAUCUUGCCAGGUUACAUAGAUUUUACAGCGGAGGAAGUCGAUCUAUUGUCACCUCUAACCAAGAAAAUUAUGCUGAAAGCCCCGCUCGUGUCCUCUCCUAUGGAUACCGUCACCGAGUCUGACAUGGCUAUUGCGAUGGCUCUUUCUGGUGGUAUCGGUAUCAUACAUCACAAUUGCACCCCUGAGUAUCAAGCUAACGAAGUACACAAGGUGAAAAAGUACAAACAUGGUUUUAUCAGAGAUCCAGUUGUUCUUGCGCCGCAUCAUAUGGUCAACGAUGUCCUGAAUGUGAAGGCUGAACAUGGUUUCAGCGGAGUACCUGUCACAGACACUGGGAAAGUUGGUGGUAAACUAUUAGGCAUUGUCACUUCCAGAGACAUUGACUUUCUUGAAUGCUUACAAAAUUAUCAACAUAAAAGUCUUAGUUCAAUUAUGACAACUUUGGAAAAUUUAAUAACGGCACCAGCUGGUGUAACGUUACAAGAGGCAAACGCCAUUCUGGAAAAGUCAAAGAAGGGUAAGCUUCCCAUUGUGAACGAACGAGGAGAACUCGUGUCUCUGAUGGCAAGAACGGACUUGAAAAAGAACCGCAACUAUCCAAAUGCCAGCAAAGAUGAGAACAAACAACUACUGGUGGGAGCCGCUAUAGGGACACGUAGCGCGGACAAGCAACGACUGCAUCUACUCGAAGCUGCUGGCGUAGAUGUAAUAGUGCUGGAUUCGUCGCAAGGUAAUUCGAUGUAUCAGAUCGAGAUGAUCAGGUACAUCAAAUCGCAGUAUCCGGAUCUACAAGUGAUCGCGGGCAACGUCGUGACCACGAUGCAAGCCAAGAAUCUCAUCGAAGCGGGAGCGGAUGCGUUGCGCGUUGGGAUGGGUUCCGGAUCGAUUUGCAUAACGCAGGAAGUGAUGGCAGUAGGACGACCGCAAGCGACAGCUGUUUACAAGGUUUCUGAAUACGCUCGAAAAUUCGGAAUACCCGUAAUAGCGGAUGGUGGUAUUCAAUCGGUCGGACAUAUUAUCAAGGCUCUUAGUUUAGGCGCUAGUACGGUGAUGAUGGGCUCUCUAUUGGCCGGAACGUCCGAGGCCCCGGGCGAGUAUUUCUUCAGCGACGGAGUUCGCCUAAAAAAGUACAGAGGGAUGGGUUCGUUGGAGGCCAUGAAUAGAAAGGAUGCAAAGGGCUCGGCGAUGGACAGGUAUUUUCAUAAUGAAAUGGACAAGCUGAAAGUAGCUCAAGGUGUCAGUGGUUCUAUAGUGGACAAAGGCUCAGUGCUGAAAUUUCUACCAUACCUGACGUGUGGUAUCAAACACAGUUGCCAAGAUAUCGGCGCAAGAUCGCUCUCCAUCUUACGAUCUAUGAUGUAUAGCGGAGAAUUAAAGUUCGAAAGAAGAACGCACUCGGCUCAACAAGAGGGCAAUGUUCACAGCUUAUUUUCCUACGAAAAGAGAUUGUUUUAAUCAUGCGCACGUAAAACACGCGUCACGCGAAAAGGUACCUGCAUUUAAUCUAACUGUACAACAACUCUUUCACACUCGCGAGACAGAUGAUAAAAAAUCUCAUUUUAUCCAUCGCUUGUAUACGAGACGAUCUCGGCUCGCUACACGCGGAAUGAAUCAUUUAUCUCAGGAUCAACUCUUUGCGAAUAGACAAAAGUGACAACGGCGAUCGCCGAUAUUUACAAAAAUUUACGAGCUUCUGUAAGUAAUCACGCUGUGAUUACUCAUUAUCUGUCUGUUUCGUAUGUAUUUAUCUAUAUGUGUGUAUGCAUGUACAUAUAGUGUAUGUGUAUAUAUAUAUAUAUGUAUAUACACAUCAUACGUAUAUGUAUAUGCCUUUACACGAGAUACUUUUAAACUCGAAACGUGUAAAUUAUACAUCUCAGUAAGCUAUAUAUUAAAAUCAUGUAGAUUAAUGAGAGUUAUGUAUGUCAUGUAUAUGAAUUACUCGACAUCUAAAGCUCAACAACUACCGACUGUUGUUGUAUGACUAAUUAGACAAUUCUGCAGAAUGGGCGUGUUAUAUAUAUCAGUAUAUAUAUAUAUAAAAUCCAGAAGGUGUAAAUACCUUUGCAAAUUUGAUAUUAGAGUAAAUAUCAAGACAAGGGAUUACUAUUCUACAUGAUUUAAAUGGUUUGAUCCUUAACUAAUCUCUGGUGAGAUAUAGUGUGUUAAUGUUUCUACAAGUAUAAAUCAUAGUUUUUGAAUAUUUUACGAAUGAGAAAGAAAUCAGGUUUAACUUUGAUAUGUUUUUAUUUGCAAAUACUAGACUUCUAUGGACAGAUGAUAAUAUUAUUCUAAGAUAACGUCUCCGUUCCAAAAAAUCCUGCCUGAGCGCAGUUAAGGAUUAAUCAACCAUCUUUUAAAAUGGUGGUCGUCCAUUCCUGAAACAAUACGCUAGUAUUUUUAGUAGUUUGACAUAACUUAUCGAGCCAUAUUUUUGUAAAAUUUGUUCAAAUGUGUUCAGUGUUUUUUUUUUUUUUUUUUUUUUUUUUUUUUUCUUUCCCCUUCUCCUUUCCCCCCAAUGUAGUCUUACACUAGACAUCACGAUGUUCUUUUCAAAUAGUAUUAAGCUGAUAUAAAUAUAUAUUGAUUUUAUAUGUGCCCCCCUCUCGCCCCUCCCCCGAUAUUGUUACGUAGCUAAUACAUUUUGCACAGUAUUGUUACAUAAUAAACUAUAUCCUCCCCCUCGAAUAAAAAUCAA